AUGAUAACUAAGAUAUUUUCAUCAGACUGUGUUAGUGUUUUGCGUGGUGCGACUAGUGUCUUAAGUGCUGCAACAUCUGUACAAGCAGCUAACCUAAAACUAUUCAUAAAAUUGGUCGGAUUUAAUAACUGCCUCCAAAUUUGCAAUAAUAAUUAUCCUAAGUCUCCAACUAGUAGCCGCAAAUGCAGGCUUCCAGAAGCAAUCUGUGAUUACACUACUCGUCCAGAUUUCUCGACAAGAGCUCGCAAUUUCUCUACCUCCAUUGCUGAUUCAUCUAAUCAUCCAGAUAAGAAAAAGAAGGCGCUUUCAACAUCUAAGCAACGCCAUGUUCCUGCUUCUCGGAUAGGCAGAGCUACUGGCUUUGGAAGACGUUUAGAUCUUUUUGUGGGACUGGGCAUUGGCGCUAUGACUGAAUACGCAAAGCGUUCUCUUGGUGCUUCAGACAAUAAACUCGAUUCCAAUCUCUUUUUAAACGAUGCUAACUUAGAAAGAAUUGUUGACACUCUCUGUCGUAUGCGUGGUGCAGCUCUUAAACUUGGUCAAAUGCUAAGUAUUCAAGGUACUUUGGCCUUUAAUUUCGCCCAUUACGUGCCUUGUUUAGACAGUUCCCUUGUCAGCCCGAAGAUUCAGAGUAUAUUUGAGAGAGUUCGACAGUCAGCGGAUUUUAUGCCUACUUCACAGAUGUACUCGGUUAUAGAUGCAGAAUUGGGUCCCAAUUGGAAGGACAAGUUGGCCUCAUUCGAUGAGAAGCCCUUUGCUGCUGCAAGUAUCGGACAAGUCCACAUGGCUUCCCUUCCUGAUGGAACGCGUCUGGCUAUGAAAAUCCAAUAUCCUGGUGUGGCUAAGAGUAUAGACACUGAUGUGGCCAACAUCAGUAUGCUUCUAAAGCGUUUCAACUUCCUCCCUCGCGGAAUGUACGCUGAUUCAGCCAUCCGCACGGCAAAGAAGGAACUCAAGUGGGAAUGUGAUUACAUCCGGGAGGCUGCUUUUGCCAAGAAAUUUGCCAGGCUUCUUGAGAAUGAUCCUGCAUUUAUCGUGCCCAAAGUUUACGACGAGUUGUCUACUGAAAAAGUCUUCACAACUGAAUUCUUUGAUGGGCUGGUAUUAGAUGAUUGCGUUGACCUUCCACAGGAAGUUCGAAACCGGAUUGGUGAAAACAUCCUUCGUCUUUGCCUUCUGGAGGUUUUCGUCUAUAACUGCAUGCAGACGGAUCCCAAUUGGUCCAAUUUCCUCUACUGCAAAAAUCCUGACAAGAUUGUCCUGCUAGACUUUGGUGCUUCAAGAGACUACCCAAGACAAUUUGUGGACGACUAUCUCAGAGUCAUUGUUGCUGCAUCUGAGGGUGAUAAUGCAGGUAUUAUCGAGCACUCGAAGAACCUCGGAUUCUUGACUGGCUAUGAGACGAAG